AUGUCUGAUCUCGACGUCCAGCUCCCCACUUCAUUUGCUGUUGAUACACCUGUUGAUCUUUUGGGUGUAGAUCCAUUUGCUGAAGCAAAUGCUGAGGACUCUGAUGCUGGUGCAAAGGAGUAUGUCCAUGUGCGCAUACAGCAGCGGAAUGGCAGGAAGUGUCUGACCACUGUGCAGGGAUUGAAAAAAGAGUUCAGCUGUAACAAGAUUUUGAAGGAUCUCAAGAAGGAGUUCUGCUGCAAUGGUACUGUUGUCCAGGACCCUGAGCUGGGCCAGGUUAUUCAACUUCAAGGUGAUCAGCGGAAGAAUGUUGCUACUUUUCUAGUUCAGGUACAACAACUUAUUACCAAGGUUUCUCGGUUAGAGUUGAUCUGUGUUGGUGAGAUUAGAAAGAAAAAAGAGCCCCUUGUGCAUGAACUUGUAGACUAUAGUACCAAUAUGGAGAUUGUACUUAAGAAGUUGGCCUUUACUUUUUCCUUCUCAUGUUGAGGGCCUGCUUGAAUGCCCAAGUCCCAUAUUCCCGUGUGAAAAAUGAGAUUUGGAGGUGAAAGAAAAGUUUCGGGGAUUGGGGGGACGUGUUCGAGUUGCAACAAAACUGAGAUAUUUGGAAUGGCAGAAAUAAAAAUUUUAGAUUGAUCUAGCAUCCCAGCAAGAAGGUAGUUGAACAAUUCACCAAAAAAAGAAGGUUGUUGAACAAAGGGAU